AUGGGAGAGUUACCAUAUAAGAUCCAGGAAUUGAAAUUGAGAAGAAUCGAAGAAUUGAAUAAUAAAUUAAGAAAUGAGCUAGCAAGGGAAAGAAUGACUGCGUCAAAUGCUUGUUUGUCCAUAAUCGACUAUACCUCAACCCAUAAGGAUUACGCUGUUCCAGAAGUAUGGGGUUACCCAAUGGUUGGUGAAAACCCAUAUAAUAAUACUAUGAGGAAGAACAAUUUUGCUAGAUCUCACGAGGAAACGAGUGCCUGUUGUACCAUAAUGUGA